UCCUGAAGUGUAUCAUAUAAGAUAUCCCACCGGUAGUGCGAAUUUCAAAAUGGCGGACUCUGGACGACAAAAGCGAAAGAAAGGCUAUUAUGGGGGAGGGGGCAAAAAACAGAAACGAGGUCUUGAAGCGCUGAAAGCUGGGAUGUGUGGUAUUUUGGUGACUUGUAACGAGCGGGAAAACGCAUGUGUUAGCGAGGCAUACAGCAUCCUGAAUGAAUAUGCAGACAAGUUGUAUGGUCCUGUGGGUCAUAGUGGAAAAGAAGAUGCAGAGGAAGGGGAGGAUGUUGAGGAAGCACUGGCUCGAGAAAAACAAGGCAUGAACCAGGACAAGAGAUUUCAGUCAUUUAUGAGUGGAGCGAAAAAUGUAGUUUUUAUAAGAACCAAUCUACCUGAUAAUGCAAAGCCGUUAGACCUGGUACGGUCAAUAUUUGAAGACCUUCAGAAAAAUGGCAAAAUGAAAUCAAGAUUAUGUCUAAGAUUUCUCCCUGUUGAUGCGACCUGCCACGCCAAAGAGGAGGAUAUAAAAAAGACUGCAUUAUCAUUGUUUGAGGAUUAUUUUCUUGUUGAAAAUAUCAAGCCAUGUAAAUUUGCUAUAACAUUUAAAGCAAGAAAUAACAGCAACAUGCAGCGUGAUGAUGUCAUUAAGCUUCUGGCAGGGCUUAUAGGCGAGGCAGGGAAAGGGCACACUGUUGACCUGGGUAACCCUGAUUGGACAAUUUGUGUUGAAGUGAUCAAGAGUGUUUGCUGUUUAUCUGUGGUGAACAACUACAAGGCAUUUAAAAGGUACAAUAUCAGCGAGCUACAAAAGAGUUUAAACCCAAGUCAGUCAGGUAAUUCUGAAAGUGAGACUUUGAAGCAGUUACAAGAACAGAGUAAUGGAGAAAAAGAUCACUCAACCAUGAAUAAUUUGCUGAAUAAUGAAAAGGAUUUUUCAGAAAAAACAAAAUCUGCAGCUGAAAUAUCAAAUCCUGAGAUGUAAAUACAGCGAAAAGGUGACCCUGCCAAAACAUGAAAUUGGUAAUUGAGAAAAUGUUUAAAAAAUAAUUUUUAUGGGUGGAAUGAAAGAAGAACUCUACAGUACUAAAGAUGUCUUUAGUGUAGUGGAUGCAACUUAUUUUGCCAAUGUGUCUCAUUUUGCUAAUGAAACUAGGACCCUAGCUUGUCUAGCUUGUAAAUACCAGUUAAAAUCAAUUUGCCCAAAAGCUGCAACGGAAAUUAACUGUGUCCCAUUACCCCAAGAAACCACAACUCACUAGAAACAGUUUUGAAACUUGUCAACAUGUUUUAAUUACAAAAAAUGUCAAAUGUCAUAUUAUAUCACAUUAAAUAGUAUUGUAUACACUUUAAUUAUUAGGUAUACCUUUCUAACACUUCAACUGAUAUGUCACUUGGUCAUUACUCAUAAUUGUAUAAAAAUGUCUUACACUCUUUAAAUAAUAUAAAAAUAAUUAAAAACAUGUCUUAAUCAAAACAAAAACCACACUCUUUUACUUUGCACUCUAAAAUAUUUCUUUGAAGCUAAACCUGGGAUCAAAUCAAUAUAUAUGGUACGGGGAUAGUACCCCAGGUGACAUAAGGGGAGGAAAGCCCUACACCCACAGCAAGUUCGUCUAAAUAGUGAUUAAACGUUUACUGUGAAACAUUACUAUUUUUUGUAGGGGACAAGUGGUUUUUAUAAAAAAAGACAAAUAUUUGUUUGAUCACUUGUCUCAUGUUGGUAAAUAAAUAGUAUGUUUCAAAAGUUUACUUAAAUCAGUUUGAGAGAACCUCAUCCCUCUCUUAGUCCAAUGGUAACGUAUAUAUUUUUAUAUAAUUCAAUUGAUCCCAGGCUUUGGGUAUCACACAUUUCUUCUAGUGGCAGUUUAGUCAUGGGCAAAGUGUUGUAAAAGAGGUCAAGUAAGAGUCUUUUUUUUUUUUUCAGCUAAAAUUGUUCACAAAAAAGAAUUAUACUGACUUGGGUUCAGUUACUUAAAACUCUUGGCUUCCAAGAAUCAACAUAUACUUUUAGUCUACUGGGAUAAAAAAGACCUGAACUUUGAGGCUCUCUUUCCUGUCAUAAGUUUUUUUUUUAAAUAAUACAUCAACUCAUUUAGAAUCUAAUUAGAACUAGUCAACUCAUAAAAAAUCAUAGAUAACGAUGCUUUUUACAACACAGCUGUCCUAAUUGUUGUAACCAGUGAAACUAAUAUGUAAUCACACAUGCAAAUAACCCACAAUGUUUCACUUUCUAAAUUCUUGCCUGUUAUAUAUCAGAAGGCAGUUUUAAUGGUUUUGCUGUAAGGUUAUUCACGGCAAAACUCAAAUAGGUGUAACUAUCUGUAUACAUUUCCUUGGACUUGUAUAACAAGUGUCAUGUACAGAGCUGGAAGCAUUACUGCUUCGUUAAUAAUUCUGGUUACUAACACACUGUCAGAUUCUUCUCAUUAAUAUUGUUAGAAACCGUG